UGCCGGCUACAGUUCCACAAUCGCGCGCGCGCACACGCGCACGCGCACACACGCACGCGCACACACACGCGCGCGCGUAAUUGCAUAAGUCUUCACGCACAUACGGCGCGAAAGAAGAUCAACAUUUUAAAGAAGAUCAACAUAAUAUUUCUUCACAUACACACACAUAUAUACCGACUCACACACACACUCCCAGCACACCUGUAUAAAAAAAACAAAUCACAGACAGGUAUAUUCAUAAUCACACACAGGUAUCUACAUAAUAUCCCACACACACACAAGGUGCCUGCAUAAUCACACACACACACACACACUUGGCACGCCCCCUACGUGGACUUACACACAACGCACGCAGCUAACCGGCAUAAUCUAACGCACACGACCACCUACGUAAACACUCACACGGGGGAGCCGCAUCAAACAACCCAGGGGCGAUAGCUGCCUAGUCGCACACGCACACGCGCACACGGCAGCCGCACUCAACCGCGCGCAUGAACGCUCACGCCAACACAACCAUGGACAGCGGCAGCAGGAGCUGCUCCAAGUACGCCCUCGCUAACGGCUUCUCAGCAGCGGCGCAGGAGGAAGGGGAUGAGGAAGACGGCGUGAGAAGCGUCGAGGGCACUCUGCCUACUCCUCCUGCUCCUCCUCCACUCGUGCUCCCUGCGAGUCACUCGGAGCGCACGAACGGGCUGCAGGUGGUGCCCGCUCCGGCGCGCGUCGCGCACGCAGCCCCAGCGGUCCCAGCGGCGGCGUUGGGGCAGCUGGAGGCCGCCUACACGGGCAUCCUGCGGGGCAUCGGGGAGGACCCGGGCAGAGAGGGGCUGCUCAAGACGCCCGGCAGGGCAGCCAAAGCCAUGCAGUUCUUCACCAGGGGUUACCACGAGAGGCUCGCGGGUGAGUUGAGUUGUGGGGUUUUUUUUUUAUUUUGCGCUGCGAGAUUGUGAGGCUGUCACGGACGUUGUUGCGCUUUGGCCGUGAGUGGAAAUGUAACUCGCGUGGCCCGGGGUGGUAAGGCUCGCUUGCGUUGAAUGAUGUACGACGCAGCUCUCCGUGAACAGACGGGAUUGUACGAAUGCUGAACUUCUUUCACACCACAGCGCGAAACCAACCGCGCUAAUCGGAGGUGUGGGGGAAGGACAACAAACUAAACACAAAGAGCAGUUCUCAAGAAACGCGUUGUCAGACUGUUGGAGCAGGUUCUGUUAGCGAACGCAUAUUAAGGUCGUCAGCAUAUUUGGCGUCCUCUGGUCUAACAUCGUUUGAGACGAGGCUCAAAAGAAAGCUGUCUCUGG